AUGAGAGGGGCCGGGGCAGGAUGGCAGGAGCUACAGCUGUCCCUGUACCGGCUGAAGGAGCCUCUGAGCUCGCCUGUAACGUCCACGGAUGAAACAAGGGGCUUAGAUUUUGGGGUCUUCGUGCCGCAGAGAUACAGCUGUACCACCAGAGGAGGAGGAUGGGGUGCAAGUAACCAGAGAUACACGAACGUUAUCCAACCCUCUGCAUUUAAGUCCAAUACAUGGGGUGGCAGCAAAGAUCUUGGAAGAGGACUUUUUGGAUCAUCUGAUUUUGGAUCAGUGGGCAGUGGCAGUAGAAAUGCAGACUUUUCACAGAACAGAUUCUCUGCGUUAAUGACCGGCCAAAAUAUUGAUGAUGGCUAUAAAGACGAAGAGGAGAAACUUCUUGAAGGCAUAGUGAGAGACAUGGAAAUUUGGGAAUCUUCAGGACAGUGGAUGUUUUCAUGUUACUCACCUAUGAAGGAAAAGCCUAAUAUCUCAGGUUUUCCAGAUUUCUCACCAGAAGAGCUGCAUCUGGAGUAUUAUAACAGCAGAGCAAAUAAUAAUAAUCAGAACUAUAUAAAUUCUGUCCAACAAUUAGUGGCACAGUGGAAAAACAGACUGCUUGAGCUAAAAACUUUAAAUGCAUCAACAAGAACAGCACUGCUAUCUGAUUUGAAGAAUGCGGUCAGUCAACCACUGCCUUCGUUUGGAUUUGGAGGACAGCAAACAUCAAACUUUGGGUUGUCGAGCUUUCCUGUGAACAGCAGCAGUACCAGUGCUAGCAAUUUCUCCUUCAAAACAAGUUCCAGUCUUGUCAGUGCCUCAUCCGGGAGCACCCCUGCUUUUGGGAGCCGUGAUCCUCCUGCGUUUGGGGGGGCGUCCUCCCCGAGUGCCGCCCGUUUUGUUGGGUUUGGGGCUCAGCCAGCUCCAUCUGCAGCCAGUUUCUCAUUUAAAACUUCGGAAACGAUCAGCGGUUUGGGAACUUCCGGGUUUUCGGGGUUUGGCAAUGCCCCUGCUGUGAACUCUGCCAGCAGCACCCCGCUUCCAGCCUUCGGAGCCGUUAACGCGGCAGGAGCCGCGUCCCCUUCGCGUCCGGGCGCUGCUUUAUUCGGACAGGCCCCCAGCGCUCCUGCCCCCGGGGCUGCAGCAGCGCCGGCCCCGGGCGCCAGCAGCGGCACCUCCGAAAGGCUGUUCACACCAAAGGUGGAGCUGUCCGCUGAGGAGCUGAAACAAUUCGAAGCAAAGAAGUUCACAAUGGGAAAGAUUCCGCUCAAGCCACCACCACUAGAACUUUUAAAUGUUUAGGGUUUGUAUAUUUAUUCUGA